AUGUGGAAGGCUGCGGUGUUGACGUUUGGCCUGUUGGUGGCGCUGGUGGGUAUGGUGCAGGCUGCAGAGGGCCACGCUAACUCUAUCUACGGUGUGAAGCUGUGCGGGAGAGAGUUUAUACGGGCCGUCAUCUUCACCUGCGGAGGAUCGCGUUGGAGGAGAGGAGUGGGCGACGGCGGUGACAUCUCCAUUGACGAGGAGACUGAGGCCUACAGCCCAUGGAGCUCCAACGCCAUCCCCGGCCUCGCCAGCAAGCAGCGUCCAGGAUUGGAGGCUCAGGGCUGGGCAGGCGAGGUCAGGGAGGGGGGCUCUGCCGCUGCUGCGUUCAGUCGUUUGGCCCGCUCGCCCAUCUCAGAGGAUGUGCUAGAGGCGCUGCGCAGUGCGGACAGGAAGGGGCGGGAUGUCGUGGUGGGCCUCUCCAACGCCUGCUGCAAGUGGGGCUGCAGCAAGAGCGAGAUCAGCUCCCUCUGUUGAGCACUACCAACACCUCUCCUUUUCAUCCCUCUGUUGAGCACUACCAACACCU